AAUAAUAAUAGGUGUUUCGUUCGUUCGUUCGUUAUAUUUUUUCGACUAAACCGUUAAUAACAUUCUAUAUUAACAACAAUGUCUGGACGUGGUAAAGGUGGCAAAGUUAAGGGAAAGGCAAAGUCUCGUUCUAACCGUGCGGGUCUACAGUUUCCUGUGGGUCGUAUACACAGAUUGUUGAGAAAAGGUAACUACGCGGAGCGCGUCGGUGCCGGUGCUCCCGUUUAUCUCGCUGCCGUUAUGGAAUAUCUUGCAGCUGAAGUUCUCGAGUUGGCCGGUAACGCUGCCAGAGACAACAAGAAGACCAGAAUCAUACCUAGACAUCUUCAGCUAGCCAUAAGGAACGACGAAGAGUUGAACAAGCUUCUAUCGGGUGUGACGAUAGCUCAGGGAGGUGUACUACCAAACAUCCAGGCCGUAUUACUGCCAAAGAAAACGGAGAAGAAGGCCUAAAUGACAGCCAGCCCCCCUCACAUUAACCAUCGUCGUCAACAUCAUCGGACCGCGCGCACCAUCGUGUCAUCACUAUAUACAGACAGAUACAGAUGAUCAUACAGAGAUGUAUGAAAAAAUAAUAAUAACAACAACAACAACAUCUUCAUUACUCGCACUAACCGACUCAUUCUUCUUGU